UGCAGGGGGGUUUCGUGUGAGCACUGCUGCUCCCCUCUAAGUUUAUCGCCUGGCCCACAUCCCGAUGAGGACUGAAUCAGGCUCCCUCUGGAUCUGAAGCCUUUUUUAAAAGGAGUAGGUGGAGUUUGCUCCUCUCUCCCGUCCCCAGACCGGAGUUUGGGUCAAAGUGCUUGGUGCUGCUGCCCUGGUCUCCCUGACGGUAACCCCAACGAUCCUGUUGCGUUCUGCACAACCACAACUUUUCUUACAACUUAGGUUUGAAUCUCAGGAGUCCUGAUAAUGGAUCAGCUCAAGUACCACAGCGCAGGCAUCCAGGAGAAGCUGCAGAUCGCCGGGGUGGAGGAUGAGGCCGGGAACCCCAUCAGCGCCCUGACCAUCCUGUCUUUGCUGGAGCGCGUGGCCAGCAUCAUCGAUAACGUCCAGUCCUCCCAGCAGCGCAUGGAGGAGCGUCAGCAGGAUCUGGAGAGCAACAUCAAGACCAUCCAGGGGGACGUCCUGAAGCUGGCAAAGGACCACACCGACACCAGCGGCACCGUGGAGAAGCUCCUGCAGAAAACCCGCAAAGUCAGCGCCAACGUCAAGGAGGUCCGGACACGCGUGGAGAAGCAAAACAUCCGAGUCAAGAAGGUGGAGUCCACGCAGGACGAGCUGCUCACCCGCAACAAGUUCAGAGUCGUCAUCUACCAGGUCAGCAGAGUUUCUCAGGGUCGGACGUUUAAACGUUGACUUUACGA